CAGAUUCAGCAAUCAUGCGACAUUAAAUCGUACUUUACGCAAAUCUCAACAAAAAGAGAAAUUGAUUUUUUUUAUUUUUUCAAAAUGCAAUCGUUCACCCAGACUGUAAACACGCUUUUGGCGCUCAUAAUUGUAAGCUGCCCUGUUUGUGGCGACGAUGUUAAGCAGGGCACCUUCUUCUGCAUAAACUGCGGGGGUGAAGCGGGCUCCUGUUGCAAUGGGGUGAUGGGAAUGUCGUUCUGCUGUUCGGACGAGUUGCUAGCUAUCCAGACUUCUUUUGGAAUCGCGACCAAACUUCUGGACUCGCAAUCAGUGGCCACCUGUCAGUCAAACGACAAUUGUCCAACAGUAGCCAAUCAGAUUGUCGGAGUAUUCGUCGAAGAGGCAAAUGGUGACUACUGUUGUCCUAUCUACAACAUGUGUUGUCCAUUCAAGGAAUACUUUUGGUGGAACCUCAAAAUGCUCUCUUAUUCGUUCGGAGGCCCCGCGAUCUUUUUCUGCCUAGUUGGCGUUAUGAUAAAUGCUAUGUGCUGUUGCUGCUGCUGUUGUUGUUGUGGCAAAAAAAGCACUACAACUCAACUCGUGGCGUAGCGCCUAUCUUCAUCAUUCCAAUCUUCGGGUCUUACUACUUAUUUCGCCAAAUUUCAAAAUCAAUGAACAGCACAUCAAAAAUGAAUGGACACCUUUUUCAAACUAUAUUUGGUCAAUGUAAUUCGACCAAUCAAGCUAGAUCAUUUUAACUUUGGGAUCUUGUUGAAUAUUGCUCCCUUAUGCUACCUAGAAAAAAUUUGCCACUCCUGUGUAGAAUUUACCCAACGGGUAAGCAUAUGUGAGUUUUGAAACUUUGCACCGAAUGAUCACCCUACAUUUUGCAGAAGGGGAGGGGAUCGU